UACCUAGAACAUUAGAUCGUCACUUUUUCCCAGAAGCCCAAAAAUCCUUCCUCUCCUUUACAGUAUUCAUCUCACCGUUUGCCUUGCACACAAAGGCUUUUGCUUGUUUUUAUGAUCAGUAAUUUUACUUUUUUACGACUUUGUUCUAGAGAUAAGCUUACUGACUGAGGUUUGAGAGGAGGUUCUUCCCCACUGGUUUGGCACAAAGAUAGAGAGGAAGAGGGUAAAUUUGAGCGCCAUGGCGAUAGAAGACGCGUCGCAGAGUUGGAUGGGGACGUCAUUGAAGCAUGUUUCUCUUAUUACUGUGAGGAUAUACUUCUGUGGAUGUCUGUCUUCAACUGAUGCUAAUAUUUUCUCAGCUUACUUUCCAAAACUCAGCCCUCAUACUCGUAUGUUGACAUCAUCCAGACGCUUCCACUUUCUCCUCGACAAGAAAUUUUGGCACAGAGAGAUAGCUAAUAUGGAUGUAGUUAAUGCAUUAUAGUAGGAUAGUGCCAUUAGCGGGUGGGCAUAGAUAUUUUACCUCGACAGCGGUUUUCCUCAAUGAGAUCAUGAAGUUGGCUGUUUCCUUGACGAUUGCUAUGUACGAUAUUUCACGAACGUUACCCCCAUCUACGCCCGCGACGGUCCUUUUUGAACAAUUGUAUAUGUCGGUAUUUUCUGGGGAUGGUUGGAAAUUAGCUAUCCCAGCUACUUUGUACACUCUGCAGAAUUCGUUACAGUAUACUGCUGUGAGCAAUCUUGAAGCUGUACAUUUCCAAAUUUUGUAUCAAUUGAAAGUUAGUUCUGCCUAUUGUAUGUGCAAGAUGUUCAUUUACUGAUUUGACCAAAUAGAUUCUCACAACGGCAAUUUUCAGUGUGGUUUUACUAGGAAGGGCGCUGUCUUCUAAAAGAUGGAUAGCUCUCGUUUUACUCACAAUUGGAGUUACGAUUGUCCAACUACCGACCAGCGGCCCGUCUGCAUAUUCCACUCUUAACGGUUCACAAUCACGAUUUUACUUUCCACGAUCCUUUCACGAAUUGGGACAAAUGGGUAAUGGUGCGGUGGAAGUAGCAGCCGAAUUAACGAAACGUGGUAUGGAGGGGUUAUCCGAAGGUCUCACGAAGAGAUCUGCUACAUAUGAGGGUAUACAAGAGGACCAAGGACUAGUCAGACCGAUUAUGAACUAUCCCAUUGGUCUUAUGGCUGUUUUGGCUGCGGCUGUGAUAUCAGGUCUUACGGGAGUAUAUUUCGAAAAGGUGUUGAAGGAAUCUACGACUCAUGUUACGAUUUGGACGAGAAAUGUGCAGCUCUCUUUCUAUUCUCUCUUCCCGUCUUUGAUAUUCGGAGUGAUGUUCAAAGAUGGGGAACAAAUUGCCGAGAACGGCUUCUUUGCUGGGUAUAAUGCGGUGGUGUGGACUGCUAUUGUUAUGCAAGCCCUGGGUGGGAUCCUCGUUGCACUUUGCAUAAAUUACAGCGAUAAUAUCGCAAAGAACUUUGCUACAAGUAUUAGUAUUAUUAUUAGUUUCAUUUUCAGCGUUUGGUUCUUUGAUUUUAAUGUUUCUCUCAAUGUAAGUCCUUGGGGAAAUUUCUUUUGGAUAUUAUAAAUACUCACAUAAUUAUAGUUCAUUUUCGGUACAUCGAUAGUUUUCUUUGCAACAUGGCUAUACAGUGGUCCGGAAAGAAAACGAAAUAGACCUCCACCAAUCAAUAUUGCGAGUUAUGAAAAGACGACCAUUGAUAAUGGUUUUACGCCAAAGCAUGAAGAGGAUAGGUCGAGUUUGACGUUGGAUCCAUUGAGUGGGUUGAAAGGUCCAGGGGCGGGGGCAUCUUUGUCGACUAGUAGGCCUAGUUCGCCUAUGAGACAUCAUUCGAGGGUGGGAAGUUUGAGAGGAAAGGUUAAGAGGGAUGAUUGAUCGUUUGGGCGAUUGGGUACGAUGGGGUGUGGCUGGACUGGGGGUUGAAAUGGGUGGUGCGUGGGUGCGAUUGAGACUUUUGAGGCAUUCUUCAGCUAUUUCGUCAUUUCAAGUUUCUUGAGCGUAUUGAUGCUGGUUUUUGUACAGUUGGCAAUUCGACGGCUUCGCUUGGGAAUUGGGUUCUGAUGGCGGGGUAAAAUACCGAGACGAGUAAAUGAUAUCAAGAUGGGAAAAUACAACACGGGUGCAUACACAUAGGAUACCUACUGGACAGCGAUGAAUUAUAUAAAUGAUUAUGGCAAGUCAGUCUUAGUGAUUGAUCUGCAUGAAAUGGCAAUGGAGAUGUGGAAAAAGGGAUAGACGACACGUGAGAUUUGACACGUGAUAGACACGAGAGGUAGAUUUCUGAAUACUAU